CUCUUAAUCUAUUUCCCACAAGACCAACACAAGACUACCCACCCCACUCUCCUUGAUAAAAGUGUUUUAGAGAGCCCAUUCCAACCUCAACCGAUAUCCGACGCUUUGGUAGAGUACGGGCACGCCCAUCCUGCCAGCGAGUUUCGCUUCCAAGGAUAUGAAGAAGACUUGGUCAUGACCGCGACAGAAGAACUGUGUCAAUGGUGGCGUUUCACAAUGACAUCUUGCUGCGUCGGCUGGUGAACAGCUGCAGGGAAUUUGAAAGCCUUUUGAAUGUAGACUUUGCAAGUCGUUACGUUUCCCUUCAACCCCUUCCCUUUCCUCCCCAAACGAGCUGUGAACGGUCUCAGACUACAGCUUUUCAUCGAGCCCAGGCGUGUCCACAAGCGGACUACCGAAGGUUGUCAAUGGCAUCGGUCGCGAGUGUCAUUCGUUUACUCGGCCUCUCUGUUGUGACGUUUUUGAUUUCUCGACGCCUGUACAACUUCAUUUCCUCGAAACCCGAGUGGAGGAAAAUGUCCUGGGGGAAGAUUUGUAUGUUUCUUAUCCUGAUAACUUCCUGGGCUUUUCUCUUUACCUGUGGUUUUCUCCUCGCCGUCGUCGACUCUAGCACCGACUCUGCUGCAUGCUCAGUGGCGAUGUUCGCGUGUGCCAUUUUACAUGGUGUCAAUAGGGUACGUGGUCAGAACUUCAUGCAACUUGCUUUGUGUGACGCCGAUUCCCAGUUGCUCAUCCACGCGUUCCUUGUCGAGAAGGUGUACAUCGUCUGGUCAAACGGAUGUAUGAUAGCCCGCCUCAGGACUCCCAUGUACAAAGUCUGUCUGGUGGUACAACUGGGAUUCACGAUACUACUCGGCUUGCUUAUCACUGGAAUUUCGAUGACAGUCGGAGGGAAUGGUGCUUGUUUGGUGGAAUACGAUGGAUAUCUUGCAACAUCAAUCGUCGGUUACGACUUUCUACAGUGCUUGUUCUUCACUCUUGCUUUUGUAUGGCCGUUGAAAAAAUCAAGCGUAAUGAGUCCAGCUUUGAAAACGAUAGCAAAGAAGACUCUGGUUGGAGCCUUCUCAGGUUUAACUAUAUAUGUUGCGAGUGCAUUAGUAGCUCUGAUCUCAUCCAAGGGACAUGAGUGGGAUUCGGAAUAUAUGUCGUUCUUUUCGGUGGAUGUGACUCUCAAUGCACUUAUCCUCUAUUGGGUCUCUUCUGGCGCACCUUCGGACUCUGUCAGAGAUUUCACUCUGCCCCAGGUUACGAUUACUGCCGGGAGUAACUGGGAGGUAGAUUCUAUCAGGACCGAUUCGAGCCAGAUGACGGUGGUGGGGGUUAGUGACGGAACGAACGAUACUCAGGCUCUCUCUCCUGUUGUAGGUGAUCAUGGAACCGUCAUCACUAGCCUCGCACGUCGUACAGACACGUCUGAGCUCAAAUCGAACUCGAAUGAUCUACAUAUGGAGCUGGAGACUGAUCGGAAUCCUUCAGUGUAA